AUGGCAAUCCUCGGAGACGACGGGCAUACACCCAACGGUGCGCACGCGGAGGUUUCCGACAAUGAGCCGGUAGCUGUGGCUCCCGAGGUGCCAGCGAUGCUCCAUGUGCAUGAUCUGCCCCAGCUUCAUCAGAAGCCAUCAGCAACCACGCUCCUUCGCGCCUUGGAUCUUCUCGUUGCAGAGCCAUCGAGCUUUUCGCCUUUAGCAAAAACCAGGCGUCCCGAAGUAAGCGAGCAGGGGGUUUCAAGAUAUCUUACCUCGAUUGUCUCCUCGGGCCUGAAUUGGAUUGGGGACGAAGAUCAAAAGGAUGCAAUAUGGGGCGCUGCAAGUGCCCGCCUCAGCGAACGUUCGGGCAGAAGUGCAAUGCCUGCCAUGACGCGCUCGUUCGAGAUUUGUACCGACAUCACGGUUAAUUUGCACGAGCCUACCUUGACAGAAGACAAUCUUGGGCUCAAGACCUGGACCUCAUCGGUCUUGCUGUCACGCCGACUCCAAGAUUGUCGUAGAUAUCUUCCAACCGAACCCACUCGAGUGUUGGAGCUAGGCGCGGGCACUGGUUUGAUCCUACCAAAUCUUCGAGGAAAUCUUGAGCAAAACCAGGAAUUGAUCACAAGGAGUGGUGGGAGCACUGAGUCACGGGCACUUGACUGGGUUGAUGAGAUGGACACGCCAAAACGUGACGAAGACAAGUUCAUGGUCAUUGUGGCGGCCGAUUCUAUCUAUGCUCCCGAACACCCUAAGAUGCUUGUGAAUGCUGUCACUCGCUGGAUCUGCCGUUCGCCAGAGGCCAGAUUCAUCAUUGAACUUCCGUUACGUGAUGGUUAUGACGAGGAGAGACAAAAUUUGCGAAGCAUAUUGCAACAGCACAAGUUUGACUUGGUAUUCGAAGGCACAGAGGUCGGUUUUGACGAUUGGUACCAACAAGAUGGCAGCCCAUCCGAGGUUACAUCAAUUGGAAGCGUGCACCGAUCCUUUGCGUGGUCCGCCAAAGUCUGUCUCAAGAUGUCACAGCCUACAAAGCGAGACGCCGACACUGCCUUCGAAGGCAAUCAUGUCGGCGACUCACAGAAGCCGAAGCGCCAAAGACGAAGAAGGAGCGGGAAAGUCGAGGUCACAGAUACACCGUCACUAUUGAAUGCGACGGCUUCACCUGCGGCGCUGGAAACGACACCCUCUAACGACUUUAAAAAUUCCACUUCCAAGAUCAAGGAUGAAAUCACUCCGGAGACUGCUUCUAGUGGCAGCAAACCGAAGAAGCAGACACCCACAAAGACUCCGACCAAGGGACCUACCUCCAAGGACAACUCAGAAGGAUUGUCACAGAAGGUGAAGGGAGUUGAAGCUGCGCUUAACAAGAGAAGAGACGGAAAACAAAAGGCUCUGACCAAUGCAAAUGAGAACAAAAAGAAGCCUAACUCACUGGGAUCAGAACCUAGCCAUAAACAGUCACAUCCAACAAGCACCGAUGGUGGACAGUCCGAAAAGCCCGAGUCAGAAUCGAAAGUGUUGGUCAACGAACUGACUACCGAGGGGAAAGCUGUGAAGUCUAAGAGGCCAAGGAAACGAAAGGUCACUUUGCUGAAGGAUAGAGAAACAAGCAUUGAGAAUCAAAAGGUGGAACAACUUGCCGGAGAAGACAGAUCAGACCAGAUCGUCAAGAAUAAGCAGAAAAGACAACUGACAAAGCAAAAGUCCAAAGUCGUCGCGCAAUCAAAGACACAAAAGUCGAACCUGAAAGGCAGCGGCUUCAGAUUAUCUUCCGGCAAUGGUGGCAUGUUUAUCGACCAAGAUCCAAUUUUAACUGCUGAUGACCAGUAUCUGAUCCUGCCGACACACUCUGAAAUUCGAGUGUAUUCGACCAAGACAUCCUUGCUGGUUAGAAGCUUCCGAGUUGACAACAGAUCCGAUAUCACCAGCUGCUCUAUAUCGAAGGUCGAUCCGAAGAAGUUGUACGUCUCCACUUCGAAAGGGUUGGUGUCUUUGUGGGAUUGGACGACAGCCGCCGCAAUAGGAAAGUACGAUACUGGGAAUGGAUUGCGGCAAGUAAUUCCACUUUCUCAACAAGAAGAGAAGGAGACGAUUAUUGUCUUGAAAGACGAUGUGCAAGGCCCUAAGCGCCUUGCCGCUUACUCCGUCAACACCUCUCAAGGCAGCUUCACAGAAUCCAAAACUGUGUUGCAGAGGACCAACCUAUCACCAUGCAUUAGAUCUUGCGCAGAUGGAAACGUGCUAUUGGCAUGUGUGGAGGACCAACUCUUAAUCGGUCAUUGUCAAGUUACAACAGAAGGUCAUUCGGAUCCCAGCUACACGUGGAGGGAAAUCACCUUGCCAGGAUUCAUAACGAGCUUUGACGCCCAGGUCAACCCAGGCAAAUCUAAGACGUCACGAAAAGUUCCCUUCCUCGAUGUUGUGGUUGGUCUCAACGAUGGGGUCAUUAUGCUCUAUGAGGAUAUACUCUUCAAACUGAUUGGAAAAGAGAAAAAGAACCAAGCUUCGACAGAUGACAUUGUUGGCCGCAGACUCCAUUGGCAUCGAACGGCCGUCAACACUGUGAAAUGGUCUCGAGAUCGAAACUAUAUUGUCUCUGGUGGCAAUGAGACGGUCCUCGUCAUCUGGCAACUAGACUCGAACCAGAGGCAGUAUUUGCCUCAUCUUUCAACACCAAUUUUGAAUCUCAGCGUCUCAGCCGCAGGGUCUUCCUAUGCUUUACGCCUUAGUGACAAUUCUGUGAUGAUUCUAUCCACGGCCGACCUGCUACCAUCAACGAAUGUAUGCGGCUUGGCUUUGGGGUUAACUCAGAAGAACUCGAGCCUAAUUGUCCCUCACCCAAACAUUCAAGGUCGACUAUUGGCAGCAGUGCCUUCUGAUGCGGCUGCAACAGGACCAUUUCAUGGGCGAUAUGCGACACUGCUACAAGUCUACGAUGUCGAAACAAACGUUCAGGCCGGUCGUCAAGCGCUAACUCGAAACAUGGUCACCGCGUCCAAUGCUGCGCCGACUGGACAGCCAGUGAAGGAACCCACUGUCACGCAUAUCGCAAUCAGCCACGAUGGCAGAUGGUUGGCCACAGUGGAUGAAUGGCAACCCAAUUCACAAGAUCUGGACAGCAUGUACAUCCGUGCCGAUAGACCGGAUCUUCGGCACCAAUCGACCGAAACUAGUCUGAGACUAUGGUUGUGGAAUGAAGAGAACAACAACUUCGAACAGGUGACCAGGGUCGAUGAGCCUCAUACAGCGGGCACAAACUCUGUUCUCGGUAUGUCAUUCGACCCCACGAAAGUGGAACUGGCCACGAUUGGCAGCGAUGCAACCGUUCGCAUCUGGUCGCCCAAGGCGCGUCACCGGAAUGGAGUUUCGGUCAGGAACAAGGCCAACGAGCAGCUUUACACGUGGAGCUGUUCAAGGACGAUCCGAUGCGAUCAUGACACACCCCUCGGGCCCGAAGGCAUCGAAACAAGAGCAACAUCGGCAGCCCUUGCCUAUUCGGACGACGGCUCAGUAGUGGCCGCCGCUUGGUUCUGGCCUGAGACCCGGUCCAAGUUGUCGUUGGAACCUCCUGGAGCCACCUUCAAACCUUCUCGAACUCGCUUCGUGCAUCUCAUCGAUCCAAGCACAGGGAAAAUCGCUUUCUCCGAGCCCUCUCUUCUAUCUAGGACUAGCAGUGCAGCAAAACUCCUUUUUCAUUCACGCUAUCUCAUAUGUCUCUCACAGACUCUUACGAUUCUAGACACAAUUACGAAUCGAUUGGUCUCGUCGCCCAUCCAGCUUGACGAACAAUACGUUCCACCAAGAAGCUGGAGCCCGUUUUACCUUGCGAAGAAUAAAUUCGACGGCACGAUCGCACUGUGUAUUUCGCGUUCUGAAAAGCCGAGGGGGACCAAAUUAGUGCUGUUAAGUUUGUCCGGUGACAGCUCAGGUGGCCCAGGGGUGCAAGUGAAGGUUUUGUAUGAAAGUUCUUUCACGGCAAUGGUCAAGGGACUGCUUGCCCUGACCACGGGGCCGGGAUACUUGGUUAUUGAUGAGAGGAAUCAGUACCGGUUUGUUCGGCCAAGCACCGAGCUAUUCACCAAGUCAGUUGGUGGAGGCAAGGAAACCGAGCAAGUCACCAGGAGUUUGGACAGUAUUUUCGGUCGACAGGGUCUAUUGGGACCAUCAGCCUCUGCCACGCAUGGGGAACUGCCGGCUCUGCCUCCCAGCACUGCAGAUGAACAUGUUGGCGCCAGGGGCGGGCUUGAUGCAGUGCUGAGGUUCCCUUCAUCGGCACAAGUACCUACGCCAACAGAGUUGUUUCAGAGAGUCGUGGGCGUCUUGGCCCAAGGAGGGGAGACCGAGGUGGAAUAA